GUCGAGGAUCACUCUAGGAUGCCGUUAAGAUUGAGGCGUUCAAGUGACGGCUAAGAGAUCCCGCAAUCGCGUGAGUGGUGGGUCGUUAGACUUUCGAGUACAGAUCGGAGUUACAUUUGUCGAAUCGUCGAGGGUCGCAGAGCGAGCUCCUUCUGAAGCUUUGCUUUAUAUACGGUUCACCCGCUGACAGCCGCUGACUUUUCGCUCUUUCUUUCUCUACACAUCUUCUUUUCCUCGUCUUGUCCGACAUUCAUUAGAGGACAUAGUUAGCCCAUCAUGACUACUGUACACCUUCCUUCAAACCCAGAAUUUGACUUUGUCAUUGUCGGCGGCGGAACUGCAGGAUGUGUUAUUGCCAGCCGUCUCUCCGACUACCUUCCUGACAAGAAGGUCCUCUUGAUUGAGGCCGGUCCUUCGGAUUUCAUGGACAACAGAGUCCUUCUGCUCAAGGACUGGUUGAACCUCCUUGGUGGUGAGCUCGACUACGACUACGGCACCACCGAGCAGCCCAUGGGCAACUCCCACAUCCGCCACUCUCGUGCAAAGGUUCUGGGUGGAUGCUCUUCCCACAACACCCUCAUCUCUUUCCGCCCCUUCAAGUACGACUGCGAGCGUUGGGAGGCCCAGGGCUGCAAGGGAUGGAGCUUCAAGACCUUCACCCGUCUUUUGGACAACAUCAGAAACUCGGUCCAGCCCGUCCACGAGAGACACCGCAACCAGCUCUGCCUGGACUGGAUUGACUCUUGCUCCACUGCCAUGGACAUCCCCGUCAUCCACGACUUCAACAAGGAGAUCAAGACCAAGGGUCAACUCACACAAGGUGUCGGUUUCUUCUCCGUCUCAUACAACCCCGACAACGGUCACAGAAGCAGUGCUUCCGUUGCUUACAUUCACCCCAUCCUCCGUGGUGACGAGAAGAGACCCAACUUGACCGUUCUGACCAACGCCUGGGUCAGCAAGAUCAACGUCAAGGGUGACAAGGUCACCGGUGUCGACGUUACUCUCCAAGAUGGCUCCAAGUACACCCUCAACCCCAAGGGCGAGACCAUUCUCUGCGCUGGUGCCGUCGACACUCCCCGUCUCAUGCUCUUGUCCGGUCUUGGACCCAAGCAGCAGCUCGACGAGCUCAAGAUUCCCGUCGUCAAGGACAUCCCCGGUGUCGGCGAGAACUUGCUCGACCACCCCGAGACCAUCAUCAUGUGGGAGUUGAACAAGCCCGUUCCUGCCAACCAGACCACCAUGGACUCUGACGCCGGUAUCUUCCUCCGUCGCGAGAAGACCGACAAGCACAACGGAGAUGGCGAUGCCGCAGACAUCAUGAUGCACUGCUACCAAAUCCCCUUCUGCCUGAACACAUCUCGUCUCGGCUACGACACCCCCAUCGAUGCAUUCUGCAUGACCCCCAACAUCCCCCGCCCACGCUCCCGCGGCCGCCUUUUCCUCACCUCGGCCGACCCCACUGUCAAGCCCGCCCUCGACUUCCGCUACUUCACCGACCCCGAAGGCUACGACGCCGACACCAUCGUCGCUGGCUUCAAGGCCGCCCGCAAGAUCGCCCAACAAGCCCCCUUCAAAGACUGGAUCAAGCGCGAAGUCGCCCCCGGCCCCAAGUGCACCACCGAUGAAGAGUUGUCCGAAUACGGCAGAAGAGCCGCACACACUGUCUACCACCCUGCCGGUACCACCAAGAUGGGUGAUGUGAGCAAGGAUGAAUUCGCCGUUGUGGAUCAUCAGCUCAAGGUCAAGGGACUCAAGGGUGUCAGAAUUGCUGACGCUGGUGUUUUCCCUGAGAUGCCUACUAUCAACCCCAUGUUGACCGUUCUCGCCAUCGGUGAGCGCGCAGCUGAGAUGAUCGCCGAGGCUCACGGCUGGAAGGGUAUGGAGAGACAGAAGCUGUAAGCUCAGCUUUACCUCUUCAGGCAGGAGGAAGAAAUGUGAAGAAAGAAAAUACUAUAAGCAUGUUGUUGUAAAUAUACCACAGGGAAAUAUCCAAGGCGCAGGGAAGGUGUUUUGAUCUUAGUUACU